AUGCCGGCAAAUGCCGUUGAUAAUAGUUCUGUAGUAUCCUCUUCGUAUUCAGAUGUUUCAUAUGUGUCUGACACGAGGAAACGACAAUACAAGAAAGAUGAGACUCUUCGAAGAAAAAUAGCUACUGAACUAAGCAAGAAAUCAGCAAAUCUUGACUCACCCGUGAGGUCCACAAAGCGACAUGGGGAGCCUGGGACGGUUGAAAGCGUCGCACUCGAUGCGGCAUUGACAGUUCAUAUGCAUAGCUCAAUAACGGAAACAGCGCAACUAAUGGCUGCCAAAAGACAGGAUUGUGUCUUAGUUAUAGACGAGGAAGGACAGCUUACUGGAAUACUGACUUCAGGUGAUAUUGCAAAGAAGUGUGUAGGUGCUGGAUUUGAUGCUCGACAAACUUAUGUAGCUGAUAUAAUGACAAACGGCCCCAUAUGCAUUACGAGUGAUACAAGAAUUGAUGCGGCACUUGAGUUGAUGAUAGAACACCAUAUCCGACAUCUUCCUGUGGUAAGCGAUGGUGAAGAAGGCGAUGAAGGAGAUGUCAUCGGAAUCAUCAACAUGCGAACAUGUCUACGUGAGCCUCUAGAUCGAAUUGCACGCCAACAAGAAGCAGCUGAACGGCUUGUGGCAGCUCUUGAAGGUGCUCAGGAAGAAUUGGAAGAUAAAUCAGCUUCUGGAAGCACUAAUAACUCUUCACAUUCAGGUGGCCCGCAUGCAGCAGAGUUUAUUGAAUAUGUUGAAUCUCUUAGGAAGAAGGCAUCAGGUCAAGAUGUAUUAUCUUUGAUUGAAACUACUCAAGAGCCAGUUCUGGUGGGCACACGAACAACUGUGGCUGAGGCUGCAGAAUCCAUGGCCCAUGCGAACGUUUCUUCUGUCCUUGUAAUGGAAAAUGGUGCAGUAUCUGGUAUUUUUACCUCUCAUGAUAUUGUGCUUCGUGUUCUUGCUGCUGGACUCGAUUCUUUUCGUUGCUCAGUCAUCCGAGUUAUGACUCCUCAUCCGGAUUGCGCUCUCAUUGACCUGCGAGUCAGCACUGCUCUUGAGAGGAUGCUUGAGGGAAAAUUUAAUUUUCUUCCCAUUGUUGAUGAAGAUGAUUCUAUCGUUGGUUUGCUUUCGCUUUUCCAUCUAUCAACGGCAAUCCUUGCUGAGCAGUCUCCUGAAGAAGAGGAAGGUUCAGAACAUGAAAGCCAUGAGCUCGAAGAAAACAUUUUGUCGAAAACCGCUUCUCAAGAAAACCAUCCCCUCUUGGCCCCCUCCAAUGAAGAUAUCGAUUUAACACCUAAAGUACCCGCUCCUAGUCAAGGUAUUAUUCCUUCACAUCAGCCAGGUGUAGUUGAAGCUGACGUGCUUCCGGUUCCUUUGAAUUGGCAAGAAACAAACUACCAUUCUCCCGAAAAAAAUAAUCAAUACGCACCUUCCCUUCACGGAUCCCAUGUUUCCUAUCAUUCGGGACAAUACCCGCUUUCCCCAACUCGUAAUAACGAAUUUCCUUAUACUGGACAACCUUCCGCUAUAAAUGCUUAUGAGGGCUCUGAUUUACACGGUUAUGGAGCCUCUCAUACCGCACCUUCAUACGUUGGUUCGCUUGCUCAAUUCCAAGGAAACCCGUCAGUUGUGGAACAGGCAUUACAAGAUUUAGUACAGCCGACCGAUUCUGCAUCUCAGAUUUUUCCCAUCCCCCGCCCCUCUCCUUCGCAAUUUAGCAUAAAAUACCGAUCAACAAUUGGACGAGUUCAUCGUCUUCGUUUAGAUCAAAUAAGUUCAUUGAGUGAUUUACAAAAGGCGGUUUCAAAUCGCGAAAAUGAACAAAACAUCACUCUUACCUACAUAGACGACGAAGGAGACGUUGUAGAAAUUACAAGCGACGCUGAUCUUCGAGAAGCAAUCUUUUUAACUCGUCGGCGCGGACUCCCGCGCUUAGAAAUUCGUGGUGUGGGUGCAAAUAGUCAUACUGUUGAUGGUUUCAAUCCUGUGUUAUCGACGGUUGGAAGCAGUGCUGGAACUGCAUCUGUUUUACAACCUAAAAUUCCUACUGAUGAAGCCGCUUUUGGGUCACCGAAGCCCCAAGCAGCCUCAACAAAGAAACCUUCUGACCGGUCAUUAGCUUUUGCGGGCGUGGUAUCUGGAACUGUGGCUGUAGUACUCUUUUCAGCUUGGUUUUUACGUCGCAGACGCUGA